CCAACACGCUCUCCGGACUAUGGUCGCUUCGUGUUGACGCGGUGGCACCGAGGAACUAGGGGAUCCGGUACGACAAUCUGACUCGUCUCUUCCGAGAUGCCUUCAGUCGCGGAGCGCCCGCGUUCGUCGCAAGAGGCUCUACUCCGCCUUGAGAAAGGCACCGCUUCCCCGACCACCCAGCUGGACGAGGCUGCCCACAUCAUCGGCUUGGAUCUGGCCCUGUGUGCCAGCCACCCCGAGAUCAACCGAACCCCUCACGUCCAGAAUAAUGCCGCCCCGAAGGAAGAAUGGGUCCUCCGAUGGUUGUUGAAGAAACUGCGGGCGGGCAAGAACUAUCGUGUCGACUCAACCUCUUUCCUCCUCCUCCGCCAGUUGAUCGACCUGAUCCCACCCAAGACCCUGGCUACGACCUUGAAGGACCAGAAGUUCCUCGCAAUAUUCAACCAGGCGAUCGCCGAUUUGGAGGAAGAUGUAUUCGCGGCGCUGAAGACAGGGAUAACCGACUUGCUGCCCUCGGAUUCGGAUUCGAGCUACACCUUAAACGACUCACCGCAGCGCAAUGGCGAUUACGAUAAGAAGGGAACUAAGAGGAAGAGGGCUGGCGACGACGAAGCGGACGCCAUGGAUAUCGACGACCAGCCACGAACCCCAAUCUCCUGCUUCUUGGCUUUCAUUCGCGCGUUGGAUUGCUUGUAUAGCUUGAUUAUGCUGGCGAAUCGGACUCCGGGUGUUGAUGAAGUUGCAAGCUCUCACCUGAGGCACGCUCUCAAAGGCGAGCCCGAGUCAAACGCUGUCACGUUACAGAAAUCGUUUCGACUAACAGCCAUCAUUACAACACAAUUCUCCCACGCGCGCAAGACUACAGACCUACAGCAUCUCCUGUACGUGUUUCCCGCAGUCCUAGCGCUGUGGGAGUUGAGAUCUUCUCGUCGAGACGAUUCGGACAAAGGACUGAGCAAUGAGUGCUUUGCGAAACAUUGUUUCCAGAGUGCAUUAAGACUUCAGGUCUGUGUUCGCGCGAUCCGACUCGACACCGAUGAGAGGGCUCACGUAUUGCAUGUGGUGGAGCGUUUGAUCGCCCUCCAUGUGGUGCUUCCAGCCCGUGGAGGAUUCUAUGAGCGAGGAGGUGCGGGCAUCGACUAUUCAGCCAGUGAACCGGAUUGGACUCCCGUCAAGCCGAUUUCCGACACGCUUAGACCUAUUCUUUGCGGAGUAGAGUGUCCGGCUGAGACCGCCGAGGACGCCAGCAUCCAAAAGAAGAUCAUGUGGAAGACGGCCGAGCUUCUACCCGAAUUUUUCGAUAUCGCAGUCCGCUCAGUUCCCAGGGAUACUUUUCGGAGACAGACACACGAGGCUCCGUGGCUUGAGACCUUGUUCGUUGCCAUCGCGGAGCUGGCAUUUUCAACUGUGAAGUCCCAGAACACAACCACAUACCUUUCUGAAUUUGUGGGAAUCUUGGAGCGCCUCUUCCGUGUGGUUCUCGUCCGCAACGUACAAUUAUCUCUGCAUACACUGCUCACUCACGCUUCUUACACCGGCCUUCUCAAGGAUGGCUUGUCGCAGGUUGAAUGGAGCCUUACAGCUCUGCUUGUUGAGCUUGGGGUCGACAUUUUCCUCCCAAACUCGGGCCUCAAUGACUCGACGAAGUUGCUAAAGGCUUUACUGGAAAAGAUCCUCUCACAUUGGCGCAGCGGCAAGUCCCAGAGUGAUGGCAGCUAUGAGACCAUUAAGAGUGACAUUGUGAUUCCCCUGCUGCGUGGUUUCGUGGCCGCUCGAGACCUACCCACCUUCAUGCAGUUCUGGUACGAACAACUCAUGGAGGUCGAAGAGGCGCGGUCACAAGACAAGAGCCUAAAAUCCUUCAUCGUGUGGGAAGACGACGACGUGUGCAAUGCGUAUGGUGAUAUCAUGCGGAGCCCCCUCACUCAUGCCCAUGCUGCUGCACAGCUUCAGGCAGCUACGGCAGAGAUCAGAAGUGAGGAUGGCAAGAUCUCCAACACCCCUGGUGCCUAUGCGCAGUUUGUCAUCUUAGAGUCCGGCUUCAGAAAUCGUGAUCUGAGCUUCGAAGAUAAGAAUGAGGCUCUCAGCUCAAUCAUUGAGACCGCAGCAUCGACGUUGUCGACGAAACAGACGUUGCAUUGGCGAUGGCGGUUGUGGCGGCUCGCUCGGAACCUCCUGGAGAACAAUGUCCAGUCCACUGACAAUGAUCUCGGUGCUGCCAUUAUGAACCUCGUGGACACCGGCGCGGUGACUAUUCGGCGCCACCACAAGGAUGGGUUGCAGAAACCUUGGGCACCUUUGGAAUGUUUCGAGGCAUAUCAAUUCACUCUUGCUGCCGUUAAAGGUGCCCUGAACAACGAUCAGUUCAAGUCACUUACCAGUCAAAUCACAGAAUUGGUCAAGUCUAUCUCCAGCAAGGAUGCUGUGAAUUCGAUCACAUCUCCAUGGAAUGGGCGCAUCGAGACUUUGAAUACGCCGGAAACCCUCGCCUUGGCCUACUUCUUGACUCUUGUUAGAAGCCCGGACAUCUGGGCUCGAGUUGAGCCCGAAACCAGACGCUCAUUGUUCGGUCAUAUCCUGUCUUUAGCAACAGCCCAAUACAAGUCUUCCUCAUCGGCUCUGGAGACUGUGGGUCCCGAACUUAGAUUCCUUCAAGCCUGGGCUAGCGUUGUCUGUCACGAAUAUCUACUCAAUGCCCCGGCCAUCACUUCCGAUUUAAUUACUGUGCUUGCUAGCCGAAUCAAGGAGGACGACUUGAAUCGAAAGCUCUUUGUCGAGAGCCUCCAAAGAAUCCCUGCCCCGCUUAUCAUGCGCCGCCAGAGAGCGGUCCUGUUGGACCUGCUGCAGGAGGUUAUCGUGCAGGGAGACAGCACACCCGAGGUCACUGUUGGGAUGCUGUCGUUGAUGGCGAAGAUGGCUGGUAUGCCCAAGUGUGCAGCGGCUGUGACCAGCAAUUGGGAACCGAUCUGGACGGUGGCCAAGGCCGUCACUCUGCAGGGCAACGAUGUUGAUCUUCAGAUUAUGAAAGCAUUCCGCAAUCUGCAUCGAGCAGUCAUGGCCAAGCUACUCGUUUCUUCCGACGAAGAACGGCACAAGCUGUUCAAGAAGAUGUAUCGCAAGGUUGCCUCCAAGGCGUCCAAAUUGCAGACCAUCGAUCGAGACUCCAUGGACUGCUUCUAUCUGAGGAUCUCUUUGUCUCAACUUUGGCACCACCGUAAGCAGCUUGCUGGUGUUUUCGAUGAGACGGACCUCGCCGCUUGCCGACAAAAGUUAUUCGACCUUGUGGUAGUGGAGGUGAAGUCCGUCAAGGAUCAGUGCAAGAAACAGCAACUAGAGGAGACAAUCACCUUGAUUAAGAUUCUGGAUGCGCUGGAAGACUUUGAGGACCUGGCUGCGGAUCAUGCCGAGGUUGAAAAAUUCCUGUCGAAGAUCGAAAGUUACGUGGAGAAAUCGGCCGAUUCGGGCCCCUCGCUGAGCAGACUCAUUCGACGUCGUGUCCUGGCCGGACGGGGCUCCGAAAAGAGCAUCACCCAGCCUGUGAUACAAUGUGCUGAGGCUCUUCCACUGCAACACAUGUAUAGUGAAGAACAACGACUCUUCAUCCGGUCUACCAGCGCAAGGUUUCAGUCCAUGUCAGUCGAGGAACUGACCCGAGUCAUUGAAGAUGUGCGGGAGUUAGGCUUUGUUGGAGAAAACGCCGAGUACCAUCUGCUUAUCGCCGGGCUAGCUAUUGCCUCGUUGCCUCCGAUUGAGGACAAAGAAUGCCAUACAGCCAAAGAGCUGUCGUGGAUUUGCACUGCCGUGAUCGAGUCGCUCUCCCGCAACAAAUCAAUAGAGCAGUUUACGCUUGCCUCCGAAUGCCUGGAUAUCCUCCUCCGCGAUUUCACGCGCUGUAUAACGCAGUGGAAUGUCGAUAAUCUGCUGGCAUCCAUUGCCGUCUGCGCUUCAAAAUCUGGACCCCGUAUUGACCCCGAAUUUGCCGGGACCGUCUAUAUCCGUCUCUGCAGGCUGAUGGGUGUCCUCCUGGGUCUCCACCGUCAGAAGCUUGGAGGCCGGUUCCACUUAAUCCUCCCUGUUAUCGAGCGACUGCUGGACUGCUUGUUCGCUCGCUCCAAGAAGCGCCCUCGAUCCCUGAUCUACGAAAAGCAACUUGGCCAAGAUCCAUACUGGCUUGCUCCCCUGCAGGCGACGCACGCCGUUCACUUUACCCGUCUCCUCACAUCGCUCUGCGACCCGACCGUCUCCGCCGUGUCGAGGCCGGCGCAAUCGGCAGGUGGCUUCGAGGGUUUGACCGAUCAGACUAAGAAAGCGAAGCGUAUUGCCGGGCAGUACCUCCAGUAUCUGAUCAUGAAGUACACGCAGAGCUCCCUGCGCGGGAAUCUGGCGCCAGAGGUGAAGGCCGCCAUUCUUCCUGGUCUCUAUGCGGUCCUAGAUGCCAUGUCGCGCGAAACAAUGCGCGCCAUGAACGCGGGCCUGGAUGUGUCUGGGCGGGCCGUGUUUAAGGCGCUCUAUGAUGACUAUGUGAAGUUUGGCAAGUGGAACAAGGGCUAA